AGAAUUCAAAAAUAAGUCGAUGAGCAAGUGCGUAGCUGCAGACAAAUUUUGCAGACAAAACAUGGUUCUAUUUAAACGUUACACAACAGUGCACUUGGGCACGCCAGUGUUGCAGUCCCCCAUUCAUGAUGAGAAUGGACCAGUCAAGGACCUCUACCAGGUUGAUGACAUGAUCUUCACUGCUAAAGAGUACAGAGAGGAGGUCUUGGGAGUUACCAACAGUCGAGAAAAACGCCAAUGGACAUUCAAAAAUCUCCGAACAUGGUCGCAAAAUGGAAAUGUUGUUCCAUAUCGUUUUGCAGAAGGCUUCGACGAAGAAUGGAAACAUCUAGUAGCAAGGGCCGUAGACGAGUGGCAACGAAAAACCUGUAUUACGUUUAGGCCUGCGGUUGCCAGUGAAACUUAUGUCAUAGAAUUCUUCCAUGGGACUGGAUGCAACUCUCCUGUUGGGAUGCACUCAUUGAACAGGAUAUCUCUGGAAUAUCCAGGAUGUGGCACUCAUAGCGUAAUCCUACGUGAGAUCGGGCACUCCCUCGGUAUGGGCAACGAACACCAGCACCCAGAGCAGGAGAGGUACCUGUCAGUUCAGUACCAGAACAUUGAGGAAAGGUUGAGACAGCGGUACAGGCCCAUAAGUGCGACGUCUGUUGAAACCCAUGGCACCAGCUACGAUCCAUAUUCUAUCAUGCACUAUGAAGCAGGCCCAACCGACCGACCAUCAAUGGUGAUGAAGGACCGUACCCUCCAAAACGUAGUCGGGAGACAGACAUCGCUCUCUGUAGGGGACGCUAAUUUCAUAAGGAUCACACAUGGUUGUUCAGGACACUCAGGGUUCUCAUGCCCGGAAGACUUUGGCUACUACCCAGAUGGCUCUGAUGGUUGUACAGGAUUUUACCAAUGUGUCUGGAGAAAAGCUUCUCAUUUUGAUUGCCCAUGUGACACUCUAGUGAGAAACAAUGCUGCAGUAUGCCAGAACCAGCAGAGAUUCGACCCCAACUUAAAUGUAUGUAAUCAUGCAGAAAAUGUUCCCUGUGUGACUGCCGAAAGAAAAAAAGAAACUGGCAAAGAGGAAAAGGAAAUUGGUAAAGAAAAAAAAGAGACUGGCCAAGGAAAGACACAAAAUUAAAUUGUUUUCAAGAUCUGUCUCAACAUGGAAUAUUUACCCAAAUAUGAUAAAUAAAUUACUAG